ACGCAUGGACUAUAAUAGGAUGAACUCCUUCUUAGAGUACCCACUCUGUAACCGGGGACCCAGCGCCUACAGCGCCCACAGCACCCCUACCUCUUUUCCCCCCAACUCCGCUCCGGCUGUUGACAGCUAUGCAGGCGAUGCCCGCUAUGUCGGGGGGCUCCCCAGCCCCACCCUCCAGCAGAACUCAGGCUAUCCUGCCCAGCAGCCGCCUUCCGCGCUGGGGGUGCCCUUUCCCAGCUCUGUGCCCUCGGGGUAUGCCCCAGCAGCCUGCAGCCCUAGCUAUGGGCCUUCUCAGUACUACCCUUUGGGACAGCCAGAAGGAGAUGGAGGCUAUUUUCAUCCUUCAAGCUACGGGGCCCAGCUGGGGGGCUUGUCCGAAGGCUAUGGAACGGGUGGAGCCGGUGGAUUGGGCCCGGGACCCUACCCUCCUCAGCAGCCCCCUUACGGGAGCGAGCAGACUGGGAGCUUUGCACCGGCCUAUGCUGAUCUCCUCUCGGAAGACAAGGAAUCGCCCUGCCAGUCAGAACCCAGGCCCACGGCCCGGACCUUCGACUGGAUGAAGGUUAAGAGGAACCCACCCAAGACAGCGAAGGUGUCGGAGCUGGGCCUGGGCGCGCCCGGCGGCCUCCGCACCAACUUCACCACGCGGCAGCUGACCGAGCUGGAAAAGGAAUUUCAUUUCAACAAGUACCUGAGCCGAGCCCGGAGGGUGGAAAUCGCCGCCACCCUGGAGCUUAAUGAGACACAAGUCAAGAUUUGGUUCCAGAACCGACGCAUGAAGCAGAAGAAGCGCGAGCGGGAGGGAGCCAGGGUGCCCCCCACCCCUCCAGGUUGUCCCAAGGAGGUGGCAGGAGACGCCUCCGACCAGUCGACCUGCACCUCCCCGGAAGCCUCGCCCAGUUCCAUAACCUCCUGAACUAGACCUCCCAACCGACCGGGUCCGAGGUCUCAGCGGAGGGACCCAGCCCAGCCCUCUCCUCUGCUCUCCCCAGCCCGGGCGUCA